AUGAAGUCCUCCAUUGGCGUGAUCAAUGCUCCCAACAUUGAAGAUGGCAUCCGAUUCAUCGUCCUUCUCAACAAUAUAGUGGCAAUCGUUCUGAGCUUCAUUGGAUUACGAGCAGUGUUUGUCGUACUUGGAACGGUCUUUGCCAUCUCAAUCAUCUUCAACAUUGUGUCUAUCUUGGGCCGGUCGACAUCGUCUCGCCUCCGACUCAAAAAUGAUGAGGCGGUCUUGCCGUUUUUGCCUGGAAUGGCCAUUGAGGUCGUCGGCACUGUGGCUUUCUUCAUCAUGUAUGUCGUUGUCAUGAUCGAUCUGGUCAAUGACAAUUACGGCUGGAGGGGAGAUAAUUUGAUUUUGAUCCAUUCGUAUGCUUCUGCAGGAGCCCUGGUUGCUGGUAUCGUCCACGCUGCCCUCGUGCUGUACAAGUCUCGACAGUAUCUCGAAUAUCGUCGCAUGCUGGUAGAAUGUUGUCCUCACUGCCACCAUCAGCUCGACAUCAGUCUAGUCCGUGAGCCAUUCUCAGGCCCUGCUCACAUUGCAGCCCCGUCCGGCCCUGGCCACAUCGAGUCGGGCCCUGCCACAACACCACGUCUUCAAAGAGACAGUUUCUCGGCCAACUCAGUGGGCGAGGAGGAAGGUGACAGCCUUAUCAUGAAACCAUGA